UCCUCCGCAGUCUGGGCCGCUGGGUGCAGAGACUGCCGCAGCGCCGGCGGCCUCCCCAGACCGGAUACCCAUUGUGUCCUAACCCAUCCCGCCUUCCACUUCCCACGGCCAUGGCGCAGGAAACCGGGAACGGCUCUCGACUCGGGGGGCCCUGCGCGGAGCCUGCGGAGCGCGGAGGUGAUGCUAGUGAGGAGGACCACCCCCAAGUCUGUGCCAAAUGCUGCGCACAAUUCUCUGACCCGACCGAAUUCCUCGCUCACCAGAACGCAUGUUGCACUGACCCACCGGUAAUGGUGAUAAUCGGGGGCCAGGAGAACCCCAGCAACUCUUCAGUUUCCUCUGCGCCUCGGCCAGAGGGCCACAGUAGGCCCCAGGUCAUGGACACAGAGCACAGCAAUCCCCCAGAUUCUGGGUCCUCUGGGCCCCCGGAUCCCGCCUGGGGGUCAGAGCGGAGGGGAGAGGAAUCUUCUGGGCAGUUCCUGGUCGCUGGCACAGGUACAGCGGCCGGGGAAGGUGGGGGCCUGAUCUUGGCCAGUCCCAAGCUGGGAGCAACCCCGUUACCUCCAGAAUCUACCCCUGCACCCCCUCCUCCACCACCUCCACCUCCCCCUCCAGGUGUAGGCAGUGGCCACCUGAACAUUCCUCUCAUCUUGGAAGAGCUGCGGGUGCUGCAGCAGCGCCAGAUUCACCAGAUGCAGAUGACUGAGCAAAUCUGCCGCCAGGUGCUGCUACUUGGCUCCUUAGGACAGACAGUGGGCGCCCCUGCCAGUCCCUCAGAGCUACCUGGGACAGGCACUGCCUCUUCCACCAAGCCCCUACUGCCUCUCUUCAGUCCCAUCAAGCCUGCCCAAACUGGCAAGACACUGGCAUCUUCCUCCUCGUCGUCCUCCUCCUCAGGGGCAGAACCACCUAAGCAGGCUUUCUUCCACCUUUACCAUCCACUGGGAUCCCAGCAUCCCUUCUCUGUAGGAGGGGUUGGGCGAAGCCACAAACCCACCCCUGCCCCCUCCCCUGCUCUGCCAGGCAGCACGGAGCAGCUGAUUGCCUCACCUCAUCUGCCAUUCCCGGGCACCACAGGACUCCUGGCAGCUCAGUGUCUUGGGGCAGCAAGGGGCCUUGAAGCUGCAGCCUCUCCAGGGCUCCUGAAGCCAAAGAACGGAAGCGGUGAGCUGGGCUAUGGGGAAGUGAUCAGUUCCUUGGAGAAGCCCGGUGGAAGGCACAAAUGCCGCUUUUGUGCCAAAGUAUUCGGCAGUGACAGCGCCCUGCAGAUCCACCUUCGUUCCCACACUGGUGAGAGGCCCUAUAAGUGCAACGUCUGCGGUAACCGUUUCACUACUCGGGGCAACCUCAAAGUACAUUUCCACCGGCAUCGUGAGAAGUACCCACAUGUGCAAAUGAAUCCACAUCCGGUACCAGAGCACCUAGACUACGUCAUCACCAGCAGUGGGCUGCCUUAUGGCAUGUCGGUGCCACCAGAGAAAGCAGAGGAGGAGGCAGCCACACCGGGCGGAGGUGUUGAACGCAAACCUCUAGUGGCCUCCACCACAGCGCUCAGUGCCACAGAGAGCCUGACGCUGCUCUCCACUGGUACAAGCACAGCAGUGGCUCCUGGGCUCCCUACUUUCAACAAGUUUGUGCUCAUGAAAGCAGUGGAGCCCAAGAGUAAAGUCGAUGAGAAUACUCCCCCGGGGAGUGAGGGCUCAGCCAUCGCCGGAGUAGCCGACAGCGGCUCAGCCACCCGAAUGCAGCUAAGUAAGCUGGUGACAUCACUACCGAGUUGGGCGCUGCUUACUAAUCACUUGAAGUCAACUGGAAGUUUCCCCUUCCCUUAUGUGCUAGAACCCUUGGGGGCUUCGCCUUCUGAGACCUCAAAGCUGCAACAGCUGGUAGAAAAGAUCGACCGCCAAGGAGCUGUGGCAGUGGCGUCUACUGCCUCGGGAGCUCCCACUACUUCUGCCCCCGCACCUUCAUCCUCCGCUUCUGGACCUAACCAGUGUGUCAUCUGUCUCCGGGUGCUGAGCUGCCCUCGGGCUCUACGCCUGCAUUAUGGCCAACAUGGAGGUGAGCGGCCCUUCAAAUGUAAAGUGUGUGGUAGAGCUUUCUCCACAAGGGGCAAUUUGCGCGCACAUUUCGUGGGUCACAAGACCAGUCCAGCUGCCCGGGCCCAGAACUCCUGUCCCAUUUGCCAGAAGAAGUUCACUAAUGCUGUCACUCUGCAGCAACACGUUCGGAUGCAUCUGGGGGGCCAGAUCCCCAACGGGGGUUCCACACUUCCUGAAGGUGGGGGAGCUGCCCAGGAAAACAGCUCUGAGCAGUCUACAGCCUCUGGACCAGGGAGUUUCCCCCAGCCGCAGGCCCAGCAGCCAUCUCCAGAAGAGGAGAUGUCUGAGGAGGAAGAAGAGGAUGAGGAAGAAGAGGAAGAUGUGACAGAUGAAGAUUCCCUAGCAGGAAGAGGCUCAGAGAGUGGGGGAGAGAAGGCCAUAUCAGUACGAGGUGACUCAGAAGAGGUAUCUGGGGCCGAGGAGGAAGCGGCAACAUCGGGAGCAGCACCCACCAACGGGAAGGAGGUAGAUAAUAACGAGAAAGCCACUCAACAGGCUCUGCCGCCACCUCCACCACCACCCGACAACCUGGAUCGUCCCCAGCCCAUGGAGCAAGGAACCAGUGAUGUUUCCGGAGGCAUGGAGGAAGAGGCCAAACUGGAGGGAACCUCAAGCCCGAUGGCGGCACUCCCGCAAGAAGGGGAGGGCACCAGCACCCCUUCGGUGGAAGAGCUGAACUUACCAGAAGCCAUGAAAAAGGAGCCAGGAGAGAGCAGCAGCAGGAAGGCCUGUGAAGUUUGUGGCCAGAGCUUUCCCACCCAAACAGCUCUGGAGGAGCAUCAGAAGACCCACCCCAAGGAUGGGCCGCUCUUCACUUGUGUCUUCUGCAGGCAGGGCUUCCUCGACCGUGCCACCCUCAAGAAGCACAUGCUGUUGGCUCACCACCAGGUACCGCCCUUUGCACCCCACGGCCCUCAGAAUAUUGCUACUCUUUCAUUGGUCCCUGGCUGUUCCUCCUCCAUCCCUUCUCCAGGGCUCUCCCCAUUCCCUCGAAAAGACGACCCCGCCAUCCCGUGAGCCUGUGUUCUGUACCUGGUCCUCUAUGACCGCGAGAUCAGAAACCAAGAGCUCCAUAGAAGGACCUCCAAGAUUUAGUCACCCUUCUCUCGUCUUUUCUCAAGUUCUGACAUGAUGUUUCUUCUAGUGGCUUCUCUCUAGUCCCUGAGCUUGACAAUUGCAUUUGAAAGGGAAUGUCCCCUAAGAAAUUUUUAUCACCUUUUUGUUCUAUAUAGCUUUUACAUUCUCAAGGGGGAGCUCUCUCCUCUUCCCCCUUUCCCUCCGGCAGGUAUCCUAGAACCCCCAUCUUUGGCAUGGCAGCCUUGUUCAAAGGGGCUGGCAACUGUCCAUGGAAGGCCCAGCUCUGUUCCUUAGUGAUCUUGACCAAGUCACCUUGCAAGACUUUCUUGGGCCAGGACCUUCUUGAAAAGCUUGUGAGGAGUGGUAGGUAGGUUUCUUUCUGCAACCACUACAUAGUUUCCCACUGAGCCCUGGAGUUCUAGAUCGACCUGCCUUGCCAUUGAGCCCUAGCACCAUCAUUGCUGUGAAAGCCCAGGAACUGUGCUCGAUAAGGUGACUCCAAGGAUCUGAUCCAGAGAGGCAGAGGAGAACGUAGCCUCCUUCCUACUUCAGCUGCCUGUAGCUGAGGCUGUGCCCAACAAGCACACCAGAGGAAAGAAGUAACUGUAACUUCAUCCCCCUGCUCCAGAGGAUACUGGCAAUGAAGAAACUCCAGUAGUUGGUGGCUCACCCUAGUUGGUAGGGACUUGUAAAGGACUGGGAUCCCUACUUCAGUAUGUUCCUCGACUCACCACAUUAAGGCAAAGAGAGUGGCUGGUCAAGAUGCCAAGACACCCUCAGCUUCUCACUUAUCAAGGCCUCUCAACCAACAAGCAUAUUUCUUACCAAGAGGUCUCUCGUGUGAUAUUUUAGGAAGCAUAAAGUUCCUGACUCUAAAGAGCCUUGUUGGUAAGGCGGUUUAUUUAAGUGAUGGUGGAGGGUCGAGGAUUGUUGCUAAAACAGGCAUUGCUGAGAAUCUAUUUGAUGAAGAACCGGACUUGAUGGAAGGGGACAUGAUGUUCAGCUCGUGUGAGUAGGAACGUUUUCUCUGAGCUAAUGGUGACCUGGUACGCAGAGGCACCAGGGGUCAUGGGGGGCUUGCUGUCACUAGGAUGUUUUUAGUUUUAGACGAUUCCCAAUUUUAUUCCCUUGCCCCUUAUAUUUCCCUGUUGUCUUCUCAAAACCCCUUUCCUCCCCAGUCUUGCCUGACCAUGGGCCAGAGCCUAUGUCUUCUUUUUUUUUCAGAUGUUGAGAGACAGAGCUUCAAGUGAUUCCUCCCUGUCUCUCUGUCUUGUAGUGAGAUGUAGUAUUUACUCUUAACAUAGGAUCCUGUGGAACAGGAGUUCUGAGAAGACCGGAUUUUGCUGUUAGCUGAUAUCAGUGAUGAUUCUCUAAAGUAAUGGGCUCCAGAGCUCCCUAACGCAGUGAAUUGUGUAAGAGAAGAGGGGGGAGAUACUAGAAUCUUUUCGUUCAUCAUUAAAGGUGUUUUGGCCAAG